AUGUCCAUUAAGAUCACCGAUCUCCUCCCGCUUCCCAACAGCACCGCGCGCAUUCCGCGCCUGGGCUUCGGCGUGUACCGUUCACCUUCAACCCAAUGCGUUCAGUCGUGCCUCAAGGCUCUGGACGUGGGAUACCGACACAUUGACACCGCGCAAUUCUACGGUAACGAGAGCGAGGUUGGCGAGGCUCUGCGCACCAGCGGUCUACCCCGCGACCAGGUAUUUGUUACGACCAAGAUUCUCAGCCCCGCCGGCUCUGUCGAGGCGACCUACGCCAAGCUGCUGGAGAGCGUGGAGAAGAUUAGCGGGCCGGGCGGAUACGUUGAUCUGUUCUUGAUUCAUAGCUCCAGCUCUGGUCCGGCUGGCCGGAAGCAGCUGUGGCAGGCGCUGGAGAGGCUCCAUGGUGAGGGCAAGGCCAAGAGUAUCGGUGUGAGCAACUACGGCGUGCACCAUAUUGAAGAGAUGAAGGCGUAUGCCAAGAUUUGGCCGCCGCAAGUCAAUCAGAUUGAGGUUUGUUCCCUGGUUUUCAUAUUUACUCGAUUCUUGUUUUAUUUGAUCGUGGUGGCUGACUCGCGAUUCUUCGACUCACAGCUCCACCCGUGGUGCCAGCAGCGAACGAUCAACGAAUACUGCAAGCAACACGGCAUCGUCGUUGAGGCCUAUUCGCCAAUUGUCCGCAAUUACAAGGCCAACGACCCGACGCUAGUCGAGGUCGCGAAGAAGUAUAAUCAGUCGACACAGCAGGUGUUGAUCCGCUAUGCACUGCAAAAGGGAUGGGUGCCACUGCCCAAGACCGAUAAUGCGGAGCGAAUUGCGGCUAAUGCCGACGUCUUCGACUUUGAUAUCAGCGCGGACGAUAUGGACCUCUUGGAUUCUCUCGACCAAGGAGCCGCAGGAGCUAUCGUGGAGGCCGUUGAGAACGAGUGA